CCCGUCCGCGCGCGUGGGCGGGGCGCCCAGGACCCCCCAUCAGUCUCGCGGCGGUGGCGGCGGCGGUGCGGUGGGUAUGGGGUGGCGCGGUGGGGCUCCCCGCGCCCCGGGGACGGCGGCAGCAGCUCUGCUGCUGGCAUCAACUCUUCUCGUCGGUGUAUGUGCUGAUGAAUUUAGUGUCUUACGAUCACCUCAAUCGGUUGUUUUUCGAGAUGGAAGUUGGCCCAUUCCCGGCGAGCGGAUCCCAGAUGUGGCUGCAUUAACCAUGGGCUUUUCUGUUGAAGAUGACCUUCCCUGGCCUGGGCUUGGAGUGGGUGAUCUGUUUCACCGACCACGAGCUACUGUGCUGGUAACGGUGAAAGGUGUAGACAAGCUGGCGUUACCUGCUAAAGGGAUUUCUUACCCAAUUGAGAAUGCUGUUCCUUUCAGUCUCGACAGUGUUGCAAAUGCUAUUCAUACUUUGUUCUCUGAGGAAACUCCUGUGGUCUUGCAGCUGGCCCCCAGUGAGGAAAGAGUAUACAUGGUGGGCAAGGCAAACUCCGUAUUUGAAGAUCUUUCUGUCACACUGCGCCAACUGCGAAACCGCUUAUUCCAGGACAACUCCAUUCUCAGCUCCCUUCCUCUCAACUCCCUCAGCAGAAACAGUGAGGCUGACUUGCUUUUUCUGUCAGAACUACAAGUCCUACAUGAUAUCGCAAGUCUGCUGUCUCGACACAAGCAUUUAGCCAAGGAUCGCUCUCCAGACCUGUAUUCUCUGGAACUGGCUGGUUUGGAAGAGAUUGGAAAACGAUAUGGGGAAGACUCUCAGCAGUUCAAGGAUGCUUCUCAAAUUCUUGUAGACUCUUUGCAAAAGUUUGCAGAUGAAAUGUUUAAUCUGUAUGGAGGGAAUGCGGUAGUAGAAGUGGUGGCUGUAAAAGCCUUUAAUUCUCCCCUCACAAGGAAGUCUCGCUCCAUUCUCCAGUCUUCACAGAGUGAAACAGAAACUCCGUAUAACCUUGCCUAUCCGUAUAACUACGAUUACUCUGUGAUCUUCAACAUUAUUCUGUGGAUGAUGAUAGGUCUUGCUUUGGCUGUGAUAGUUAUCUCCUACAACCUGUGGAACAUGGAUCCUGGGUACGAUAGCAUUAUUUAUAGGAUGACGAAUCAGAAGAUAAGAAUGGAUUGAACUACAUUGUAUUUCAGCGCAAGGAGUUGAUGAAGAGUAAGGUCUUAUUUAAACUGUGUGGAAAACAAGUAUUCUGACAUGGUUAAUUGUGGAAAUUUUUUUAAAGGUGUAUUUAUUUCUAAGGGUUUUUUCCCCUUUCAGGCUUAUGUUAAAUGUUAGUAGUAGCAACAGAUGGGAUUUAGAAAUUUAAAUCUGCUUGUUUGAAAAAAAAAAAACCCCAACCAACAAUCCCCAACCUACUUGUUAUUAAAGUAACAUCAUUCCAUCUUUUUUGUCAUGUAACAUGAGUUUUUGAAAUGCCCUGUGCUGCUUGUGACUGUGUGCAAAACAGAUCAAUUGAAAUUAUGAUAGAAACAUGUUGUUUGAAACUUUUACACCGGAAGAUUAGAAAUUAUAACUAAAUUGUUGUGUUGUGUAUUAUGAACCAGUUGUAAAUGUUUGAUGUAAAUAUUUAUAAUGCCUGUAUGUAUCUUCUGAGAGGAUAGUAAUUCUUCUUCUUCACUCAAAUACUAAAUAUAGAAACAUUUCUAAAAGACUAUGAUUCUAGUGGCACAAAUGGCAUUUUGGUCUCACAUUGAUGGCUCAGAUGGAAACUGUAGGCAGAAGGAUUCUUUACCUACAACUUCAGUGAUUUGGAGGUAAUAACACAAGUGUGGCUGGUCUGUACCAUGGAGAGACUAUAAAUACUGAAGUAGCACCAGUCUGAUCAUGGUCUAAGGUCACCUGCAGUUGAAAGUUCCUACUAUGCUUCAUAUAUUCCUUCCAUUGUGUUGAUGUUGUUAUACAAACGCCUAAAUCAGUUCUUUUUGAUUCUAAGAGUGGACCAACACUUGAUUUAAAUAUACCUGGUUUAUAGUCCUGCUUCAAUCAUGCAAUAAAACAAAGAAAAGUUGUUCUGGAA